UAAAGUGGGGACAAAGAACACAGGAAUCAAAUUAAAACUGCAACAGUUGAAAGCUCUAUUUAUAAAAAGAUGGAUCGUGCUGAAACGAAACUGGUUCGUCCUGACCGUCUUGUCUUGUGCCAUGAUGCUGAUGGCCCUCACCCUUAACAUGGUCUCCUACCUGGGGCGGAAAGAGUUCCCCCUAGACUUCCAACUGGGUGUGUACAAGAACGUGAUCGUCGUGGCAGCUCAGCCUGAGGAUGACGGCCUGAAGACGCUGUAUAGUGGCCUUAGGUCAGUUUUACCCACUGAGGUGCAAGUCAUUGAGCCCGAUCGAUCUAAGACGUUUGAGAAAUUCCUUCAAGAUUGGGCAAAAAACAACUCCAUCAAACGUUACAGAGAGGAGCUGUUCAUGGGCUUUGAGAUUAACCAACCACCAAGUCCUAGUAUUGUUUACUAUCAGGGUUAUUACGUCCACAGUGAGCCCGUCGCGGUCAACAUUUUUCUCAACGCACACAUCAGGGCGAAACUCGGGUUCGAAUACUCGCUGGAAAGUGGCGUUAUCCCCUGCAGCCGUUUGCUCGGCGACCACGAUUCACAGGUCUACAGCUUGCUGAUUAUCCAGCUCGCCUUUUUCUCAUUACAGACGAUCAUCAUUUGUUGGCUUAUCAAAGAGAGAGUUUCUGGGACCAAAAAAAUGGAAUCCUUCACUGGCGUUCCCAUCUGGCUGUCAUGGCUGACCAACUUCCUGUUUGACCUCGGCCUUCACGUCGCGUGUGCCGCCAUCUUGUGGGCGUGUCUGCUGACCCAGAGGACGGUCCAGGAGCUGACGACACAGCUGCCACUUCUCGUCUGCUCCCAGCUGCUGUUUGUGCUGGAUGCCCUCCCCUUCUGCUACCUCUACCAGAUGCUGUUCGUCAGGUCGACGUUAGCGGUCUUCGUUCUCAUUGUUUUUACUUUACUCGACUUCUUUGUAUACGUGGAUCUCAGUGAUGUUCCAGAAUCAGACGCCAUCGCCUAUACUCGUCUUGUGCUCAAAUCAGCGUCACCUCAUACGUUGUUCUGGUACCAUCAAGAUUUGCUGCAAUACCCAACCUUACAAGAUGCCGUACCAGUUUUCAACAAGAACGUCCUAUUCACGUUUAUACAUGCAAUUGCUUGCUGGAUCCUGCUGUUUGCUGUGGAGUAUAUAAGUGUUCUGGGGAUAGUAUAUCGGUGCAUACAAAGGUACAUGACGAGGCGUAUAGAAAAAUUUGGAAGAGGGGUCGACAUCCCAACAGCAACGGAAAGCGACGAAGAUGUCUAUCAGGAAAGACAACGAAUUCUACAUUCAGGCUUCGACGAUCUUGUUCGAACCGAUGCAUUGAUUCUGGUGAAUGUCAGCAAGAAAUAUAUUAUCAAUACCAAAGUGUUAACAGCCGUUGACAACACUUGCCUUGGGAUCCCCAAAAAUGAAUGUUUUGGACUUCUUGGACAAAAUGGCGCAGGGAAAACAACAAUAUUCAAAAUACUGACUGGGGAAUACGCUAGUACAUCGGGCCAUGUUUACUUCAAUGGUCUCAGUCUCGAUUCUAACUUGUUUAAAAUUCAUCAAAUGAUGGGCUACUGCCCGGAAAGUGAUUUGCUGUGUGAAGACCUCACGGGUCGGGAGUCCCUUUACCUGUUCGGGCGUCUUCGAGGCGUACCUGAGAGCAGUCUUAAAGCUGUGACAGAUGACCUGCUCAAGGCUGUUUUGUUGGAGCCGCACGCUGAUGAAAAGGUGGAAUAUUACAGCCUGGGCAACAAACGCAAACUUUCCACAGCACUGGCCGUGAUUGGCGACCCCCAGUUUGUCAUGCUGGAUGAACCAACAUCUGGCAUGGAUGCUAUGGCCAAGAGAGCCAUAUGGGACUUGCUCCAAAACGUCAGAUCUCUUGGCUCCACCCUCGUCUUGACCUCACAGAGCAUGGAAGAGUGUGAACUCCUAUGUACAAGACUGACCAUUAUGGUGGGCGGGAAGCUCAUGUGUCUAGGCAGUCCCCAACACCUGAAGACAAAGUACGCCCAGGGUUAUACAAUAACCGUACACCUCAGCCAAGGUUCUCUUUUCUCGAUCAACUCGACCGUGGAUUAUCUUUCACAUAUCUUCAAACACUCCGAGAUCUUUAACGAGAUGGACAGCUACCUCCAUAUACAGGUCCCUCCAGAUCCCCAUCCCCUAUCGGCUGUCUUUCAACUGAUGGAGAAAGCCAAGAAAGACUUACAGUUUGAGCACUACACCGUACAACAAACCUCACUGGAACAAGUUUUCCUAAUGUUCAUGCAAGAGAACAGUGUGUAACAUCUCUGCACGAGAACUCGCGGUUUUGAGAACAUUUGUGAAAUAGAAAAAGAAUCAGGACAAUGCUUCAGAGUAAUAACCAUAACGUUUGUCUACUAACAUCUAAA